UCUCCAAAAUUCAAUCUCAGAAAAUCUUUUUCCAAGUGUAUGGAAAGAAUCUGCUAUAGUUUCUAUUCAUAAGGCUGUUGAAAACUACAGAGUCUGGCAAAGUUUGUCUACAAUGCGAUGUACGCUGCUUCUUGCAUGGUUGGCAAAGCUGUAUUAUCAUGAGGCUAAUCUAUGUCGCCAUUUACCUCUGAUACAAAACUCCUAUCCCUUACCUCCCCGCGGUGUCAACCGAGGUACAGGCCAUCUUUUACCGUUUUUGCUUAAACUCGGGACUGGGUCGGGUUCUAUCCCCAAGCGCUGUCUGUUCACUUCAACAGAUUGACGGAUUAAAGCCUGUCUCAGUUUCGUUUCGAGUGGAGUGGCAUUAGUAAAAAUCAGCUAGGAUAUGUGGUCGUAUGCUGACAGGUAAGGGGGACAAACGACGCGUCUUGCAGAGUGAAACUUUCGGUACAGUUAAUGGUUAUUUUGGGCAGCUCAAAAUUAUUUGUUGGAUUUCUUUUGUAAGUGCGGUUUGUAUACAACUCUCGAUUAAUAUUUUUUCUCUAUAAAUAGUUGUACGAAAAUCAGACCCAAUAGGACUUUAAUCUUACUAGUAUCGAUGAUCACGGGUCAAUACGUACUGAAAAUUCGCCGCGUCUGUUUUUAUGAAUCUGAUUUCAAGUUCCGUUAUUGUUAAGCCGGUGCAUCAGGUUAACGAUGUUUUGUAUUUGCCUUCAAUGUACGAUAUUAUCGUUCGUAUACGUCUAUUUCACAAACAAUCCGAUAUGGAAAAUAGGAAAUACUCUCCUUGAUAUAUAACAUCUCGAGCUAUCAUAACUCUUUUUCUGUACAACGUGGUAAUUUUCAACACAAUAAAUAUAUCGUAGAGUAGGAAUAGCGAAAUUUGAAUGAAUAGGUACUGUCGCAAUAAAUAGUGAUCCGGCCCAUUAUGCAGAUGAGAUUAGCUUUUCUAGGCAAUACUCCCAAGGUCGGCUGUAUGGAGUUCAAAUUGAUUUUGUUUAGAAAACAUAGCUACCCAGAGUUUGAAAACAACCAAAAACUAAACAAGAUCUUUUCUUUUUCGAGUGAUCGUGUGCUCGAAAACCAUCUAAACUACUACCUAAUAAACCAUGCUUCACAGGUUGCAUCGCUUGCUUGGAGCGAAUCCUAGACCUUAUACUCUUCCAAACCACCAACUCCACGACACAUAUGCUGCCCUUAUAUGCAAAAGUGACGUAAGUGCCACUUUGGUCGAAUUUCAUUUUUUUCAUAUUUCUGAGUUCUCCAUAAAAUCCACGUCUUUCAGUGUAAUUGUCUUUAAAAAAUUAUGCAAAAUGGCCUUUUAAAACGAGAAAAAGCAGAUCGUAUCAAUCACUCGGUGUGAUCGGUUGUAUUUUUCUUAUCGCUGUGGUUCUGCGAUUCCCCGAAAAAGCAAGGUCACGCUAUCGGGUUCUUUUUUUCGUUCGAGCUCAGCCACCCGGACUUUAUCAGCUCGGCCCCAGCCAUCCGGCAUAUAUCGUCUACCUAAUCCAAGUGAUAGUUUUACGCGAGUGUAGUAUCCCGUCACACAGUUACUAGUGCGAAAAACAAGUGAUCCGGAUCUCACUUCCUGGCGGGCCCCCGCCAACCGGAGGGACGGCCAAGCCGCCAAAGGGCUGCCUCCCACCGAAAUAUACCAAAAACCAAAGCGUACUACGACAUUUCUGUGAAAAAAAUGUGUAGUGAUAACAGUGGCAAGUAUCAGGAGCGCAGACUUUAAAAUCGCGCCUCCAUCACCAAGAAAAUUUAAACCUGAUAAAAAACUUGCGCCCCCAUCAAAAGUGCGAACCGUGAGCGACUUGUGAUCCAUACGAGAGUGUAGUGACGAACCUCAAACGAGUUUGGUUAAGACCUCGGACAGUUCAAUCCCGGCCUUCCCUGAUUCUUCCGUGUAAACCUGCACUGCACCCCUUCACCGGGGAAGCAAACCAGACUAGAGUGGGCGAUGGAAGGCGAUCCGCCUCCCCCAGGGGAGGGCCCACCGCUUAGUCACUCCAUACCAGCCUUUAUGAACUCUGGUGAUUUGAUCGACCAGCAGACUCUACUGUUGCGUGCGGCGAAGGACAGUGAAGGUAACAGUGUAAAUUUACCAAACCCAUUGCUGUUACAUCUACUACUGAAAGAAGCAAUUGGGUCUGAUCCUAAUAAGUGCAUCCAUGCUACCAAGGAGGCAAGAGGAACGCAGUACAUUCUGCGCACUACAUCCAAAAGGAUACUCCAAAAAUUGCUCAGCAUUAAACAGUUCUCCAACGGUCAACAGGUUGAGGUGAUCCUCCAUCCUCACCUGAAUAAAACCCAGGGAAUAAUUUAUGACCUUGACACAAUCAAUAUUCCCACUGAAGAAAUUCUCUCUGCGGUCAGACCCCAAAAUGUGGUGGAAAUUAGAAGAAUAACCAAGGUGACCAAAGGUAUGCCGAUUAACACACCACUGUUAGUACUCUCAUUUGCUGGGUCUCACCUGCCGGAAACGAUCUUCCUAGGCUUGGUUAGAGUAAGAGUGAGAAAAUAUUACCCUUCUCCCAUGCAGUGUUUCCGCUGCGGGCGCUUUGCACACGGAAGUAAAACAUGUGUGUAUAAGGAGAUAUGUCUAAACUGCGGCACAGAACACGAAACCAGUAACGAAAACCCAUGCACCAAACCUAGCGAUUGCACUAACUGCAACGACAGCCACUCCGCCAGAGACAAAUCCUGGCCUGUUUAUCAAAAAGAGUAUCAGGUGGUUAAAAUCAAAACUGACAAUGGACUCUCAUUCCCGGAAACCCGAGCCCUUGUCAAUCAGGAGUCAAGAAAACAAUCGUACGCAGCUACACUAAAAGAUAGACUAUCCCCUGGAAAUGACGAAAAAGAUCGCACCAUACAGAUACUUAGGGAGGAAAUUGCACAAUUAAGAGGACUGACACCCAAAAAAACUAAACAGCAACUACCUAAUAACACAUGCAACAACAAAAACGCCAGCAACACCACAAAAGCCUACCCACACCGACCCCGUCCGGGGAAGUACCGGCCCUCACCGACGAGCCCCCGGCGGCUGUCGGUGUGGGACCAUCGGUACCUUUCCGGGUAAGUACCGAAACACAACGAAAUUCGACCACAGAAACUGCCCCAUCU